AUGCUAGCGGCCACUUAUCAAAACCGGAGAAGCAACUUCCUCCCGCUUGCUUACAUUACAGUUAUGUGCAUUUCUGGAGUUAUUGUUUCAGUUUUCAUAAGCAUCAACAUUACGACCUAUAUAGCUUUGGAAAAGGACGAAUAUGAUGUUUAUCUCUCACAUUUCGGAAAAGAAGUAACUGUUGGAAGCACUUUUUCGUAUCUCUAUUCAAUUUUCAUAACUGUUCUAAUGACCAUCAACCGUCUGGCUAUUGUGCUCAACCCAUUCAACGAAAUGUUCACCCAUAAGAAAGUGUUCAUUUAUUCCGGAAUCAUGGCUAUUUUAGUUCUAGUUUCUCUACUCAUCCCAUACUUCAGUCCGUGCAGUAUCACUUUUGCUGUGAACAGGAUGUCGUUUGUUUCUGAAUGUGCUCCAAAUCGUCAUGCGAUAACUGUGUUCCAAAACACAUAUGCAAUUAUCCUUCCACUUUCCUGCAUGGUAAUUAACUUGGGCAUCAUUUUUCACCUCCGUUUGGCACGUCAUGGCACUUAUCAAAAAAUCAACAGGAUGUUCUGUAAAAACACUCAAAUCAUUCUCGUGCCUCUUCCAAAGCCAGAACAUAAUACAUCAGUACUGAAAAUGAAAACGCGUCGGGAUUUUGUGAUGAUGCGGCAGACAAUCUCCAUCGCCGCAUUUCUCUCCAUCUAUGAAAUCGGAGCAUUCAUCACUAAGACAUUCCCGGAAGCUUAUGCAAGUCUGCCAGAAGGUGUGCGGGAUGGUUACUUCAUAUUCCGACUGGAGUCCGUUGCUCUCAUGAACUUCUUCAUUUACUACAUGGAAACCCCAAAUACUCGUCGUAUGCUCCGCAGGUUUUUGAAUUUCAAGGAUUCAGAUGAUAGUUCGGCUCGCCACAUGACAAUGGCAACUGUCGCUCCACGAUGA